UGGACUGAUUUGUUUACAAUUUGCAAAUGAAAUACUAACUAAAAACAGUGGUAAGAACGCGGAUUGAAUGAAUAUACACAGUUCGUGAAGAAUAUACACAGUUCUGGAUGCUACACAGAUUUUUGAUAAGAUUUCGUAACCGUACUGGACCAGUAGUUACCCAGUUUCUUUGCAGUCAUGGGCAUGUCGCGGUGUUACUCUUUGAUGAAAUGUUUACUCGUCCUAUUUAACAUUAUAUUUUUGUGCGUGGGCAGCGCGGCGCUGGCGUUCGCGGGGUGGGCGCUGUGGGAGGGCGGCGCGGGCGAGGCGGCGGAGGCGCGGGCGGGGCUGCUGUCGCUGGCGGGCUGGGCGGCGGCGCUGGCGCUGGGCGCGGCGGCGGCGCUGGCGGGCUGCGCGCGCGGCUCGGCGGCGCUGCUGGCGGCGUCGUUCGCGCUGCUGGCGCUCAGCGCCGUGGCCGAGGCCGCCGCCGCCUGGUGGGGCGCCGCGCACCUGCCGCAGCUCCGCCGCGCGCUGCUGGCGCGGCUCGACCACUCGCUGCGGCACGACUACGGCCGCCUGCCCGCCCGCACGCACGCGCUCGACGCCAUACAGCGCGGGCUGGAGUGCUGCGGCGCGGAGAGUAUACGCGACUGGGAGGACUCGGCGUGGUCGCGCGCGCUGGAGGCGGCCGGGGCGGGGGCGGGGGCUGCGGGCCCGGGCGAGGAGCCCCUGGCGGCGGCCCGCGGCGCCCUCGACCUGUCCGUGUCGGCGGCGGGCGCGCACUACUGGGUGCCGGCGUCGUGCUGCGCGGCCCCGUGCGCGGGCCCGGUGCGGGUGGUGUCGGGGGCGGGGGCGGGGGCGGCGGGGGGCGCGUGGCGGGCGGCGUGCGGGCCGCGCGUGGUGGCGGCCCUGGCGGCGGCGGCGCGGGCCCCGCUGUGCGCGGGCGGGGCGCUGCUGGCCGCGCACGCGCUGUCGCUGCUGCUGGCGCUCGCGCUCUGCCUGCGGGCCGACCCGCACCGCCGCUACAAGGCCUAGAGUUGUGUUGGGAACCCCGCCCGCAGACAUCCCGAGACCUAACCCCAUACCCCGCCUGCGUAUUCCCCUCCGAGCGAUCGCGUAUCCGAUUCCAACGGGCAUAGUAAUGACGACCUCAGCCGACGUUCGAAUUCCAGGCGAUGCCCUCGAACUAAGCGUAUGCGUCAGCCCCUAUCGGUGCCCUCAGACUGAAGUCAUAUUCGCCAGGCAGGAGUGAGCCUUCAGCCGCUCCAUAAGUCCUUCCUCGCAUUUGAAGUACCAUCUGCACUCGAGCCCUAUCGUUCGGUGAAGCUGUAAAGACCAGUUCAAAACCAAAAAAAUCCCCUAACGCGGGUGGACCAUACAAAUUACAGCACGAAAAUUAAUAGUGUAAAACUAUAUUAAAUGAAUCUACAAAGUAACUUCGAUGAAUCUCUACAAAAAUCUACAUUUUUUAAAUUUUAUAACGACAAAUAUUCAACAGUAUGUAUGUUUGUGGAAUGCAUUUAUUAGUAGUAAAUAUUUACAAUUGGCGACUGUUCAACAUGGAUACUAACAACUAAAUAGUCGCUAACGUAGUCACUAAGGCCGUAACCAAAUGUGUGUUAGAUGUAAGUUUAUACUUCUAUUUCUAUUAAUAUUUUUGUAUCGUUUCGACAAAAUGUAUCCAGCAGGUCUGAAAGACUCAUCAAAACGGAUAGUUUACCGAUGCAACGGUUUCACUGUUAAAUAUUACAAAAUACAGUAAAUUAGCAACAUGAGAAAUUCAAUUGUCAAGCAUAGACAUUUAUUAGAGUUCCAUUAUAAUUUGUUUCUCUUUGAUCGACAGUAAUAAACUGUGUAAAUACUGUGGAGCCCCGGUUAUUCGACAAACGUUUUGCAGGGCAGGGCAGUGUCGGACCAUCGAAUUUGUCGUAUUAUACAGUACUGCCUAAGCUCCCCUAUAGUCCGGAAUUUUUACAAAAGAGUACCUCGUAAUCCGACAAAUUACAGAAGCAGUGAUAAGAUUAUAUGAUAUAUAUGUAUAUGUAUAUACUCUUUAAAGUACAAAUCAUACUUCAUUAUGUAUAUCAACUACUAAAAGAUUCGUUACGAAUUAGGCGGUCUAAAAUAUCACAUUUCUCUUUAAUUGUCAGUGAUUUGUGCUUUCGCUUCUGAACUGAUACAUAAUACACAAUAAUAAUUUGCCCCUCUGAUCGAUCCCCCGUCCAAUUCAAACGGAGAUCGAUAUUACAACGGCCUGAGCCGAGGUUCGAACCCCUAGUGGUGCCCUCAGACUAAAGUCGUAUCCGUCAGGCAGGAGUUGGCCUUCAGCCGCUCCAUAAGUCCUUGGUUUGGAGUGCCAUCUGCACUUGCCUCCUAACGUCCGGUGAAGCUGUAAAGGCCAGCUGCGGCCAACAGCAUUAGAGUAGUCCGAAAAAAAACAAUGAAUAAACAGCUGGAACCUAAGUGGUCUCGGACAGUGCGGUUUCAGAGGAGCUUGCUCCCGCGUACACUUACAUUGUGGAAUGAACUACCUGCCGAGGUUUUCUCGGGAGACUACAGCAUGGGGUUUUUCAAGAAGGGUAUAUUAAGGUUUCUUAAGGGUCGGCAACGCGCACGUGACACCCCUGGUGUUUCAGGCGUCCAUAGGCUACGGUAACCGUUUACCAUCAGAUGGGGCGUAUGCUUGUUUGCCACCUACGUGGUAUAAAAAAAACAGUAAACAAUGAACAAAUGUAAGUAGUCAAAUUCGA